UAUUGGGUUGUUGUUUUCGAAUUAAGAUGGUUAGGAUUCAAUUAGUAUUAUUAUUAUGUAUGUUAACGUGUGCGCAUGCGCAAUGGGGGUUCUCACCCGAACAAACAGAGAUAUACGAUCUUGUAGAUGAAGUGGGAGAAAAUUUUUAUGAAUUUAUUAAUGUUACCCAGGAUGCCGGUUCACCCGAGAUUCGACGAAGUUACCGAAAGUUAUCGCUUGUUAUGCACCCCGAUAAAAACAAAACUGAGGGGGCAGAGGAAAAUUUCAGGAUUCUCGUCGCGAUUUAUGAGGUUUUAAAGAAUAAAGAAAAACGUGAAAUAUAUGACGACGUUUUGGCCAAUGGGCUUCCUGCUGCUUAUUUAUAUGUUCCAAGACAAAUCCGGAAGAUGAGUUUACUUGAAGUUUCGAUGAUAAUGUCGUUCGUGAUGACGAUUGGUCACAUGCUUAUAAUGUGGGGGGUUUACCUGGAGAAGAAACUAACUUGGGAUGAAAGAACUUCUCGGAAAAGAAAUCGAAAACAAAAGAAAAAAGAUGGGGAAGUCCCUGAAAUGAUAAGUGAAGACUUGAUAUACAAACCAACAUUGGUCGAUCUCCUUCCAAUUCUGUUCGUUCGUAAAUUUUACGAUUUCAUUGUUUGGUUGCCGGUGUUUGUGACAUCACAGAGGGAGCAACGACGGUUGUUGCUUAAAGAAGAAGAGAAGAUGAAAUUGGAGCAAGAGAGAGCAGAAAAAGAUCGUUUGGAACAAUUAGAGAAACGAAUCGCCGCGAAAAAGUUGAAGCAACAACGGAAUAAAGAGAAGAAAGAAGAAUAUUUGAUGGCACAGAAAAUGAGUGCGGCUUCACUACCAACCUCACCCUCAGUGUUCGAAUCACCAACGUCUUCGAUCGAAGAAAUCGAAGCCAUGUUUGUGGAAGAACCAAGGAGACGUAAGAAAGGAGAAUGGAACGAAAGCGACCAAUCACAGCUCGUUAAGUUGAUGGCCCGCUACCCAGGGGGGACCGAGGAAAGAUGGGUCAAAAUAUCGGGGGAGAUGGGACGGCCUGUGCAUGAAGUUACGACGAGGGCAAGAAUGGCGAGGAAUGCGGGUCCCACAAAGCAAUCAACCGUAACGUUUAAAUCGAAGAUACAAAUACCCGAUGAUGACAUCACAAUGCGGAUGGACGAAUAUAAUCAAAUAACAACAACCAAUCAGAAACAACCAGAUAUGCAUGAAAGAACACAAGAGGUACCGGUUGAGGGGAACCACCCAUGGAGUCAGUCCCAACAACAAUUAUUGGAGAAAUCGUUGAUUCAGUUUCCCAAGACCUCAACGGAACGAUGGGAUAAAAUAUCCAGGUGUGUUCCUGGGAAGACAAAGGAGGAAUGCAUUGCAAGAUACAAAUUCCUCGCGGAAAAAGUUUUGCAAAAGAAGAAAAAUAAAAAUUGAUCUGUUGGUAUCAAUGAAGGGGUUUCCCCCAAGUAGUUUGAAUUAUUUAUCUUUAUCGAUUUUUUCGCGGGUCACGUUAAUACACAUUAUGACGUCACUAUGCUUGUAAA